AUGGUGAGCCAAUCCUGCCACAUCAGCUCUGGCUGCAGGGUCAAGAACUUUAGCUCCCACUCUGCCAUUGUGCCCAAGCCUGGGGAUCACAACUGUGUCAGUGCCAUGGCCCAUCAUGGGGUCAGUCCCGGGGGGCUAGGCUACAGGCGCCUCGGAGGCUUUGGCAGUCAGAGCCUGUGUACUGUGGGGUCUCCCCGGAUCGUGGUGAGUUGUAGAUGGCCCCUACACAGCAGGGGCAGGUUUGGCUAAUGGGCAGGGGGCCUUUGCAGGCCCAGCCUACCCUGCAUCACAUCUGUUACCGUCAACGAGAGCCUCCUCACGCCCCUCAACCUAGAGAUCGACCCCAAUGCCCAGUGUGUGAAGCAUGAGGAGAAGGAACACAUCAAGUGUCUCAACAAGUUUGCUGUCUUCAUUGACAAGGUGCACUUCCUGGAGCAGCAGAACAAACUGCUGGAGACCAAGCUGCAGUUCUACCAGAACCGCGAGUGCUGCAAGAGCAACCUGGAGCUCCUGUUCCAGGGCUACACUGCGACUCUGCGGCUGGAGGCUGAGUGCGUGGAGGCCGACAGCGGCAGGCUGGCCUCAGGGCUCAAUUGCAUGCAGGAGGCGCUGGAGGGCUACAAGAAGAAGUAUGAAGAAGAGCUGGCCCUCAGGGCCACAGCUGAGAAAGAGUUCAUAAUGCUGAAGAAGGAUGUAGACUGCACCUAUCUGCGCAAGACGGACCUGGAGGCCAAUGUGGAGCCGCUGAAGGAGAAGUCAGUCUUCCUGCAGUCCCUCUACGAGGAGGAAAUUUGCCUCCUUCAGUCACAAAUCUCUGACACCUCUGCGGUGGUGAAGAUGGACAACAGCUGGGAGCUCAACAUGGACUUGGUUGUGGCCGAGAUCAAGGCUCAGUAUGAUGAUAUUGCCAGCUGCAGCCGGGCAGAGGCUGAGACCUGGUACCAAACCAAGUGUGAGGAGAUGAAGGCCACAGUGACCCAACAGGGUGAGAACCUCCGCAGAACCAAGGAUGAGCUCAACGAGCUGAACCUCAUGAUCCAGAGGCCAACGGCAGAGGUGGAGAACGCUAAGCAGCAGCGCUGCAAGCUGGAGGCUGCGGUGGCCCAGUCUGAGCAGCAGGGUGAGGCAGCCCUCAGCAAUGCCCACUGCAAGCUGGCUGAGCUGGAGGGCGCCCUGCAGAAGGCCAAGCAGGACAUGGCCUGCUUGCUCAAGCAGUACCAGGAGGUGAUGAACUCCAAGCUAGGCCUGGACGUGGAGAUCGCCACUUAUCGCAAACUGCUGGAGGGCGAGGAAAUCCGGCUGUGUGAAGGCAUGGGCUCAGUCAAUAUCUGUAAGUUGAGACGCACUAGGCACCUAGAUUUCGGAGAGGAGGGCGCCGACCCCGGCCACGGUGCUGUGGGCAUGUCACGGGGCAGCCCUGAGCAGCCAACAACCCCCAAAUACACCUCCCACUACCCCAAAACGGCGGGCAGGGGCUCCAGCAGGGCCCGCGCCGUGCAUCUGGUGAUGCGCCCAGGGUACCCGGUGGCUGGACGUGACGGUGGGCAGGCAGGGCAGGGCGCGGGGCGACCCGUGAGAAAAGCGAGGGUGGGGAUAGGAGGGAUGCGGCCCCUGACUCUCGUGGGUGGGGAGGUGGGGGACAACGGUGGCCUCAACGGGAGACAGGGCCAAAGUGGGGACCUGCAGGGAGGACCUGCAGGCCCCUUGUUACACUGGCCCAAAGAACUGGGAAAAAGGAGGCAGCAGGCAAGAGACCUGGAGGAGGCCCGCCAGGUGUCAGCCAGCAAACCUCAAACAGGGCAGCAGCCUGAGCACUCAGAAGCAGCCAGCAGCCUCCAGUGGGGCUACAGCCCUUUGGGCCUGAAGUGA